UCCGUUACUCUUUCUUCAUAUUCAGGGAUUUGAUUUCAAUUAAACCUCGUACUUGUCUGACAUCUCUGUUCAUUCAUUUUCUGAAGCUGAAUAUUAGGGGGGAAAUAAAUAAUGUGAUUUGAUUUGGCUGUAGAUCGUGGAGAUUCAGCUAUGGCAUUGCCAAUUUCUAGAAGAGUAUUGCGUGCUUUUCGUUCCUCCGAUUUUUCAUUUGCACCAGCUUCUCUUUGUAACAAUGCUUCGAGUGGCCGCGUUGGGGACAGCUUACCUCCAUUGCAGUCUUCUGUAGCUGGAAAGGUGUUUGAUGUGUGCCGGAGGUAUUCCACUACGAUUUUGACCCUAAAUUCAAGUGAAGGCACAUUUCCCUCAAAAGAUGUACUGGUUCCUGAUCGGAAACUAGGUCUCUAUCAAGACCUGGUUAUUCCCGUUACAAAUUUUAGCAACGAAGACAAGGGGUUUAUGGUAUUGGCUGGUGAUGUUUUUGAUGUGCCAAUUAGGAAGGAUAUAAUUCACCGUGUCGUAAGAUGGCAGCUUGCUAAAAGGCAGCAGGGCACCCAUUCGACCAAAAAUCUAAGUGAAGUGAGUGGGACUGGUAGAAAGCCUUGGCCGCAAAAGGGUACUGGUCGAGCAAGGCAUGGAACACUGCGGGGCCCACAGUUUAGGGGCGGUUGUACCAUGCAUGGUCCAAGGCCACGUAGUCAUGCUAUCAAGCUAAACAAGAAGGUUCGUCGAUUAGGGCUAAAGAUUGCACUUUCAGCUCGUGCAGCAGAAGGCAAGCUUAUGAUUUUCGAUGAUUUGGAGGUACCUUCACAUAAGACAAAGAACAUUGUCAACUACGCGAAGCAAAUGGAGGAUGCCAAGAAACUUCUGCUUGUUGAUGGUGGUCCAUUAAACGAAAAGCUGAAGCUGGCUACUCAAAACGUACAUUAUGUCAAUGUACUGCCUUCAAUUGGUUUAAAUGUUUAUAGCAUUCUGCUGCACGAUACGCUGGUAAUGUCACGUUCUGCUGUGAACGCAAUAGUCGAAAGAAUGCACACUCCAAUCAAUCGGUAAUCAACGUUUCUCCAUGCUGUAACCUGAGUUUUCUGGAACUUUCUGGAACAACCAUAAUUUUCGCACUUUUUUUCUCCCAUAAUAACCUUUACUGAAAAAACGAAAAAAAAUCUCAAACAUGUCCGAUGGCCUACAAUAAUUGCUUACGUGAAUGAAAGAUAAGUUGCAC